UUUGAGCUCUUGUUUUGAAAUACUGAAACGCAAAGUAGCGCGUGUACAUCCGGUGUGUCAGUGACGCGGGCGGAAGUCGUCGCUCCGUGUCAGCAGAUAGGAAAUGGAGAGUGAAGGGGCCUCAUCGAUAGAUCAGCGGCGGGGAUUGUGAUCGAUUACUCUGCUGAUGCUGGACCGAUGGAGCCCCAUGAGGAGAAGCCCAUCAUCUACACGAUGGAGAACAAGCCCAUAGUGACCUGUGCGGGCGAUCAGAACCUCUUCACGUCUCUGUACGGAUCCCUGACCCAGCAGCUGUCCAGAGAGCCCAUGGAGUGGAGGAGGUCUUACGGACGAGCACCGAAGAUGAUCUAUCUGGAGGCUAAUUUUGUCCAGUUUAAGGAGGAGCUGCUUCCUAAAGAGGGGAAUAAAGCGCUGCUGACGUUCCCCUUCCUGCACAUCUACUGGACCGACUGCUGCGACACGGAGGUGUACAAGGCGUCGGUGAAGGAGGACAUGCAGCGCUGGCAGGCCGCUCUGCGUCUGCACGGAUCGGUGGAUUGGCUCAUCGCGGUGGUGGAGAGCGACAACAAGAAGAAGAACAAGACCAACAUCCUGCCGCGCACCUCCAUCGUCGACAAGAUCCGCAACGACUUCUGCAACAAGCAGAGCGACAGGUGUGUGUCUCUGUGUGACCCGCUGAAGGAGUCGUCGCGCUCGCAGGAGUCCUGGAGCUCGUUCCUCACCAAGCUGCGCACGCUGCUGCUCAUGUCCUUCACCAGGAACCUGGGCCGCUUCGAGGACAUGAGGACGCUGCGAGAGAAACGCACCGAGCCCGGCUGGAGCUUCUGCGACUACUUCAUGGUGCAGGAGGAGCUGGCGUUCGUGUUCGAGAUGCUGCAGCAGUUUGAGGACGCUCUGGUCCUGUAUUAG